UUCAGGUCUUUCAUGCUAUGAAGACGAACUAGCUAAGUAAAAGAGAUGUUAAUUUCAUCGUUUUCCCCUUGGUUUGUGGUCCUUGCGUCUUUUACUGUUCGCGUCAUUGUCUACGGUAUUACGUACACCUCAGGAAUUGUCUACGUCAUCAUUCUAAAGAACUUCCAAACUGGCAAAGCGGAAACAUCAUGGAUUUCUUCUAUUAUUACCACAGUCAUGUUUGCCGCAGGUCCCCCUAGCGGCCGACUGGUGAAGGCGCUGGGGUGGAGGGUGGUAGCGAUUGUUGGCGGAAUUAUCGCUGGAACUGGACUCCUUCUGACGUCACUAACCUCUAACCUUCUUUUUUUAAUUUUAUCCUAUGGAUUUGUCACAGGGUUUGGGUGUGGGAUGGCUUACAUGGUAGCUUGCGUAGCAGUUCCUGCUUACUUUCGAGGACAUCGGCGACAGAAGAUGGCGGUAGCAAUGGCGUCUUGUGGUUCUGGAGUGGGGACAUUUAUCUUUUCUCCAAUAGUUCAAUAUGUUUACGUCACAUACGGAUGGCAGAAUCUUUUUAUAGUUCUAGCUGGAGUUGGUGUUCAGUGCAGCAGUGUAGGCCUUUUAUUUCGACCAUUGUCCACUACAUCAACGACAGACUCUGAAAAGGUUGCAGAAAAAAUCGCAAACUGGGGAUUCCUUAAAAAUGUUGGCUUUCAUAGUUCUCAUCUUGGUUUCUUCUUAACGGCCUUUGGAGACUCAAUAGUAUACGGUCAUCUCGGAGAGUACGCAGAAACUUUAGGAUUUACCACGGACAAAGGAGCUUACCUUUAUUCAGUUAUAGGAAUUUCAGUUAUGAUUUUGAAAUUAUUGCAAGGCGUUGCUUUAGAUAGUAGGGGUUCCACAGUGUUACCAAUAAAACUAGCGAUAUUUUUCUUCUUCUUGGGAGGAGUGGCUACAGCCAUUUUGUUUAUUUCUAAUGAAUAUAUUUUGUUACUGAUCUUUGCCACUAUUUUUGGCGCCAAUACUGCUGCAUCUGGUGGUGCAGUUGUGGUCGGAAUAUUGGAGACCUAUUAUGGAUAUGAACAUUUAGAACUAACGUUCGGGGUGAAUCUUGCUGUCAUUGGCAUCGGUAAUUUACUUGGCUCUCCAAUAGCAGGAUUGCUGUUCGAGGCCUACGAAACGUACACCCCUGUUUUGAUUCUGUUUUGCGUCACUAAAGUUUUGAGUAGCCUUUGUUUUUUGUUAGUCUACAAAUUUUCUUCACAAACACAAAAAACUUAUAUCACUGAAGUAAAAUUGCCACAGAAGGAAGGUUUCUUGGAAGAUAAAACUGUGUUGACGCUUACUUCAGGAGAGAAAGUUCCUCUUUUGGUUGAAGAAACUACUCCUAGAUAUUCUGAUGUUAUUAGUGAAAAUAUGGAUACUUUAUUAUGAGGGGGCUGAAAGUACCAAACAUGAGUGUAUUAACGGAGCCUUUGGAUAACGUGAAUAUGAAAAUACCGACCUCUACCUGUCUGAAUGUUUACUGAUAAUAAAAGGUUACUGGAAAUAGUUCUUAGUUAAAAUAUGAAAUAAAAAAAUAUUGAAUAUCA